AUGAGCAAAGAGGGUGCUACUGUGGAAAUAGACAUCAGUAAACAUUCUGGAAGUGGAGUCGAUAAAGAUGAGAAUGGAUACUAUUAUAUUGAUAAAUCAGGUGGUCGAGUUCUUCUAACGGAUGAUUGGUAUCCUGACCCAGAGGGAAUCUAUAGGAAGUUUACUCAUACUCCAAAAGGUGGGAGUAUUGGCAGUAUUUAUCACAAUGGAAGGACUCUUUCUGAAAUUAGUGUAGCAAGUCACAAGAGUGUCUCAGUCUACUACUGGUCAGGGGACAAUGGUUUCAGUAAACCCCUCCUAAUUCAACUUGGAGAUGGAAAUAACUAUUACACUGAUCCUGAAGGUGGUAGUACUUGGAGUAAGGACUCUGGCAUAACUACUGGUACUCUCAGGGAGAGGCUAAACAAGCAGAACUGUACAAGGAACCAGGUGCAUGUUAUAGAUCUCUCUGACAAGGGUAAAUCUGGUACUCCCACUCCUUACAAAUGUCCCAGUUGUGAUAAUACCAGAAGUAUAAAAGUAUACAGCAAUUACUCAGGUACCACAUUCUAUCAACCUUAUCGUUAUCGUUCUGGUUCUAGUUUCUCAGUAACUAGUUUCAAGGAUGCUAGCACUUGGGAACUUGGACUUCCAUCUAUUAAGGGUGUAAGAAAUAUCACGGUAGAGUGGCAUAAAUCUGGUGAUAAGUUUCCCCUAAUUUACUAUAAUCAAGGUGGGCAGAAAUUCUUUAGAAGGAAUAGUGAGAAUGAAAACACUUGGAUUGAAGUCUCUAAUGCUAAUGGUCAUCCUACUGGUACUACUCCUAAUCUGCCUCUAGAUCUCUCUAAAUCGUCUGGUAUAACAUAUUCUGGUGGAAGUAGUAAUAUUAGCAUUACUGUGCUAAGAAGUCACAUCGGUGAUGGAUAUUACAGAUACCAGUAUUCCCUCAGGGGUGCACCGUUCAAGGUUAAUGAAAUCAAGCAUGAGGGCAUUCCGCUUACUGGUAUAUCCUUUCAAGAUGCUCUAACUAGUGUCUCUGGAUAUUACUACGGAGGAAAGAAUCCUACAGAUCAGUCUAAUCUUCUCUUAAUUGAACUUGUUAUUAGCGGUAGUAAUACAUACCAGUACUUCUACAGACGAACUAAGGAUGCAGAUAAAUGGACAGAAUAUUAUAGAAGUGGACAAGAAACUUCUAGGCUACAGGGGAAAGAUCUAAUAGAAAAGCUUAAUGAGCUCAAGAAAUUGAAGGAAACACUAAAGAAGCUGGAUAAACUUACUGAGUUAGAGGCUAAGCUUGAUCAGAUAAAGAAGGAGCUUUCUGAGUCACAUAAUACAAGUACUUUAGCUGGAACAUCUGUUGGAACUGGACUAGGUGGAGCAGGAUUGGGUGCCCUUGCCGUAUGGAAGGGACCUGCUCUAAUUGCACGACUAAUAGCUCGUUUGUAA